CCUCUAGUCGGGGCUGGAGCUCUUCUGGGGGGACUUGAGAGGUGAGAGCGAAGAGGGGCGAUCCCUUGGCCGGGGCCCCCCCAUCUAACGCCGGCUGUUGUGAUGCGUAUUCCCGUAGACCCCAGCACCAGCCGGCGCUUCACCCCUCCCUCCACGGCCUUUCCUUGCGGCAAGAUGGGCGAGAGCAGCAGCGGCGGCGGCGGCGGCGGGGCCCUCCUCGGGGCGGCCUCCGUGGGGCCCGGGGCCCGGGUCCGGAGCGAGGCGGCGGCUGCAGCGCGGUCGGUGGUCGACGUCUUGGCCGAUCACCCGGGGGAACUGGUCCGCACCGACAGCCCCAACUUCCUCUGCUCCGUCUUGCCUUCUCACUGGCGCUGCAACAAGACCCUCCCCGUCGCCUUCAAGGUAGUAGCCCUCGGAGACGUCCCCGAUGGGACUGUGGUAACCGUCAUGGCUGGCAACGAUGAGAAUUACUCAGCUGAGCUUCGAAAUGCUUCUGCGGUGAUGAAAAACCAAGUGGCCAGGUUUAAUGACCUUCGCUUUGUCGGACGGAGUGGCCGAGGGAAAAGUUUUACAUUGACAAUUACCGUCUUCACAAACCCCACUCAAGUUGCCACCUAUCACCGCGCCAUUAAAGUGACUGUCGAUGGACCCCGGGAGCCGAGAAGGCACAGGCAAAAGCUGGAAGAGCAAGCAAAAUCCUUCCCCGAUCGUUUUGGAGAACUGGAGCGGCUGCGGCACUCUAUGAGAGUCAACCCCACAACCCCGAACCCCCGAGGAACCCUGACCACUCCUGGGCACUUUGGAACACAAGCUCAAAGCCAGAUCCAAGGCACAUCAGAAUUGAGUCCAUUCCCUGAUCCACGCCAGUACGACCGGCCUUUUUCUGCAUUGCCAGGCCUCACUGAGACCAGGUUUUCAGACCCCAGGAUGCAUUACCCUAGUGCGAUGUCGGCGGCCUUUCCAUACACAGCUACACCUUCUGCUACGGGGAUUGGCGGCAUCAGCAUGACCAGCAUGCCCACCACCACACGGUUCCACCAUACUUACCUUCCUCCACCAUACCCCAGCUCCACCCAAAACCAGAGUGGAGCUUUCCAGACCAACCCUUCACCUUACCACUUGUACUAUGGUACAUCAUCCGGGUCUUACCAAUUCUCCAUGGUGGCAGGAGGAGAGCGCUCACCAACAAGAAUGCUUCCUUCUUGCCCAGGCGCAUCAGCUGGAAACAACUUGAUUAAUCCCAGCCUCGCUAACCAGAACGACGGUGUUGAGGCUGAUGGUAGCCACAGUAACUCACCUACAGCCAUGACAACAACUGGGAGAAUGGAUGAAGCUGUCUGGAGACCAUAUUGAAAAGGGACAAGUGAACCAGGCACCUUCUGCUUUAACUGAAUUUAAAAAGCCCAACCAUGUCCUAUGUUGGUUGUUAAAAGGAAGAGAUCAUCCAAAGAGCCACAGGCAACAUUUUCCAACACGUAUCACAAAGUGAAAUUGCUCUUGUACAAAGUAUAGGUAAUUAAGUUAAUUAAGUAAAGGCAGACAGGAGAUGGGCUGGACCUUUUAUACAUUUCAAGACAAAAAUUCCCUUCAGUCCUUGAGGUUCCCCUUAGCCAACGGUUUAUUGUGUCCUGAAUGUACAUAGAAUGGAAAUGCUUUAAUCCUUUGUAGCAAUAAUGGUUGUAUGUGAAAAGCUUACCCAAUCAUCUCAGAGGCCAUGAAUUGUCUAUAUGAAUGAACAAAUGAAUGAGGUACUUCACUCUCUAGAUACCAGGGCUGGCGACAAACAUAUGUGAAUCCAGGUCAAAAUGAAGCCGAACCUGAACACCACUAUUUUCUGCACCAUACUCCUUUUACUCUUCAGUGGUGGCCUUACCAGGAGGCAAUGUAAGGUCGUCACGUCAGGCUGCAAAUUUUGGAUGUCAUUAAGUGUGAUGGAGUAGAAAUCUAACACACACAUCUCCUACACUAGCCACAUUCAAAGCUGAACACAGCUGCUACCUGCUUUCAUGGGCCUUCUGCAAAAUAAGAACAAAAAUUGGGAAAUGGUGACAGGCUAGUAGUUGCACUAAGAUGCCACUGACCAUGCUGGCUGGAGGUUCUGGGAGUUGUAGUCCAAAAAAAUCAACUUAAAGUUAAAAAUCUUUCCAUGCAUAAAAUACAUGAAAAGUCAUGUAUGAAAACAGGUACUGUUCCCUCUAUCUUCUGGGGCACAGAUUGCGGACUGGGCCCUGUUUUUCCUCCUGCUUCUGGUUCCAAAAUCUAUAUUAAAAGACUGCACAUUCAUCUCCCCAGUUGCUGC